UCCAAGCACUUCUCAUGAACUCAAGAUAAAAAGGUGUAAGCUACUGCCUUGUAUCAUCAUGAAGUCCUGGAUUAUGCUGAUGUCACUCCUUGGAACUGCUUUCUGUUUACCUCUUCCACCUCAUCCACAGCACCCAGGAUAUGUCAACCUAAGUUAUGAGAUUUUAACACCUUUAAAAUGGUAUCAGUCCAUGAUGAAACAGCAGUACCCCUCUUAUGGCUAUGAGCCUAUGUCUGGAUGGCUUCAGAAUCCAAUUAUUCCCUUGUCACCUAUGAUGCCACAACAACAGCUACCAUAUCCACAUGCAAUACAAAAGCUGUCACCUCAUCACCCUGUACUUAUACCUCAACAACCCAUGGCUCCUGUAUCUCCUCACCACCCACUGCUUCCUCUCGCACCUCCACAAGCCAAUCCGUUAAAUCCAACCUAUUUGACAAACCAGGAGAGUCAAUAUCCAACAAACACUCGACCAAUAGAGCCACCAAAACCUGAUAUUUUAAACCAACCUAGUCAGCCUCUGUUCCCAAUUCAACCACAGCCUCCUUUGAAGGAAGGAAGACUGCAUGACCCAUGGCAGCCAGUGAGCAAAACCAAGCUAGAAGAACUGGAUUAAAUGUGAACAGAAAUGACGGGAAAAAUAUGAUUUCACUACCAUUAAGUUCCAGUCUAUAUUUGGUUUUCAGCAACAAUUUUUCUUUAGCUAAUUAUCAUCAUUGCAUUGAACAAAAAAGAUAUAAAAAGUCUAAAAUAAAUAAAAAUGACCAGUAUGGUAAAACAA